UCAUCAGUCUGUUCGUGCCAACUGCAGUGAAUGCAGCACUGGUCACUCCUCACUUCCGGUUCAGAGCAACAUGGCGGGUGUUCCUCAUACUGAGAUCUGAGUAUUUUAUUAUCCCCAGUUUUCAGGAUUAAAACUCGGAGAGACAGACAGGCUUCUGUUGGACCUGCUUCUGAGCGAGAGACAGGCUUCUGUCGGACCUGCUUCUGAGAGAGGAGUUAACGUACCAGGAUGCAGUGAUGGAGAAGCUGGGCUUUGGUCCGGGCAGGAAGGAGCUGCAGGAGACGGUGGAGACCCAGAAGAAGCAGCUGCUGCAGUACCAGACCCGCUUUAAGGACGUGGUAAGAGCCUACAAGAGCCUGCUGAAGGAGAAGGAGGCUCUGGAGGCCAGCCUGACGGUACUCACCGUCUCCAACCAGGACCACCAUGAAGCACGAGGACUCCCCCACCCAACAGGACUUCCCCCCGAGGACGGCUGCUCGCUGCACAGCGAGGACAGCCUGGACACAGCACCGUCCGUGGAGGAGAGCGAGGACGAGCCAGGGGAACCAGGGAAGGCUGCGGUGCUGCAGAGCGACCUCGAUGCCGGCGGCUCGGACAGCAGCAGUGUGGGGGCUGAACCCCGGCAGCAGGCCACGCCCCCUCCCAGCUCGGAGGUGGAGCGUCGGCUCGCUCAGCUGAAGAACCAGCUGAUCACGCUCACAGGCGCCCUCGCCACCAUCACGCAGGAGAAGUCCCGCAUGGAGGCCAGCUUCCAGGCAGACAAGCGGAAGCUGAAACAGGAAGUGGAGGAGCUUCAGGGGCGGCUGGGGGGGACGGCAGUUCAGCAGGAGGCGGAGCUUCACGCCCUGCAGCUGCAGCUGGCAGAAAGCCGUGCCCGCAUCAUCACGCAGCAACACGAGCGGCAGCAGGAGCAUGACGACCAUGCGCUGCAGCUGCGAGAGCUGCAGAGGAUCCUGCAGCAGGAGCGAGACCUGCGGCAGGAUGCAGAGCUGCGGCUGCAGGAUGCCAACGCAACACUGAUGCUGACUACACAGGCCCGGGACCGGGGGGCAGAGUCCGAGUCCCACCUGCAGCAGUUGAGGGCGGAGAGAGACGAGCUGAGCAGGAAGCUGCAGGCCGCCGAGGAAGAGCGCAGGAAACCAGACCCGCGAGCAGACCAGCUGCAGAGGGAACUGACGCAGCUAAAGACCUUAAUCCAGGACCAGAUCAGCGCAGAGACCAGGAAGGCCUGCGAGGCAGAGCAGCGGUCUUGUGACCGGGCUCAGGCGGCGGAGAUCCGGGUGUCCGUUCUGGAGCUUCGAGUCUCUGAGCUGUCAGAGCUGCUGGGCUCGUCUGAGAAAGCUCGGCAGCGAGAGCAGCAGGCAGCGCAGCGACUCAGAGAGCACGUCUUGCAGCUGGACACCGAGAACAAGACGCUUGCCAUGGCGGCCACCGGCAGGUCAGAGGGUGGGGGCGAGGACCAGCUGGACGUGGCGGCGCUGAAAGAGAAGCUGGAGAAGGUGAAGAAGCUACUGCAGCUGGCAACUCAGCGGAACCCGGAUCAGGACCUCCUGCCGGAGCCCGACAAGGCGGCGGUGCAUUACCAGCAGGAGCUGCGCACGCUGCGGGACGAGUUUGAGCGCUACAAGCUGCGGGCGCAGCUGGUGCUUAAGAACAAGAACAGCAAAGAUGGCUGCCAGGCCAAGGAGCUGGAGGAGGUUCGGGACCAGCUGUCAGAGCUGAAGGAGAAGUACAUCAACCUGCGGAUUCACAGUGACGAGGCAGAGGCCGCGCAGCGCUGCAUGUUAGAGGAGCGGCAGCGGCACACCGCAUCGCUGCAGCUCCAACACAGGCAGGAAGUGGAGCGGGCACAGACAAUGCACCGUGACGAGUUGCUGCGUCUGGAGGAGGAGCUUCACAAACAGAGAUGUAGGACCAUGCAGCUGCUGCAGGAGAAAGAGCAGGAGCUGGAGGCGUUGCGAGCCGCCGCACCCCCCCCUGACACCACACCCCAGCAGGAGGCCGACAGUGACGCCCUCAGCAUGGCUCUGCGGCGGGCGGCACCCAGCGAGCCCACGCUGCUGCUGUACGCCGAGCAGCUGGCCAGGAAGGAGGUGGAGGCCGGCGCUCUGCGGCGAGAGAAGCACCGGCUGCAGGACGAGCUGCACCGCCUGCAGGCUGCAACCGUUGCUAACGCUGAGCAACACGGCGAGGAAGCGGCAACGCUGCGAGGACAGAUCGACAAACUGCAUCGGGACCAGAGCCGCGAAGGCGCCAACAUGGAGUAUCUGAAGAAUGUCAUCUACAAGUUCCUUACGCUGCAGGACACCAGCGGACGUAUGCAGACGCUCAACGCCAUCCUCACCAUCCUGCACUUCAGCCCACAGGAGAAAAACUGUGUCACCAAGCUUCAGCGCAAUGCCUGGUGGAGGUAAACACCUGAAGAAGAAACAUCAGGAGUUUGCUGGAGAUAAAACACCUGAAGAAGAAACACCAUGAAACAAGACACCAGAGAAGAAACAUCAGGAGAGGAAACACCUGAAGAAGAAACAUCAGGAGAGGAAACACCUGAAGAAGAAACAUCAGGAGAGGAAACACCUGAAGAAGAAACAUCAGGGGAGGCAACAUCAGGAGAGGAAACACCUGAAGAGGAAACAUCAGGAGAGGAAACAUCAAGAGAAGAAACAUCAGGAGAGGAAACACCUGAAGAAGAAACAUCAGGAGAGGAAACACCUGAAGAAGAAACAUCAGGAGAGGAAACACCUGAAGAAGAAACAUCAGGAGAGGAAACACCUGAAGAAGAAACAUCAGGAGAGGAAACAUCAGGAGAAGAAGAGACUAUAAAUGUUUAAUUGAUAAAGAGUCAGGUUAUUUCUGAAUUGUAAAUAUAAAUAAUAUUCCAGUUUUUUCGGUGAUGAAAUAUUUAUACGUCUUUGUUGAAAUUAAAACAUUGUUCUUGCUUCACAAACUCUGAAA